CGUUAUGUCCAUACAGAUGCCAGUGAUGAUGCUGUGCAGGAUGUGGUGAAGGCAGUUCAUAAGGCUGCUGUCCAGAAAACUGUCAAGAAGAACCAGAAGUUGGAUGAUUUCGACAAAGGUGUGGUGAGAAGGACCAUCUAUGAUCUGCACAAGAAAUCCCAGUCAGUGACCAUGCCAAGUCUGCAGCAAGCUCUGAAAAAGAAAGACAUCGACGUUUCCAUAUCAACAGUGUCGAGAACAGUGCGUUUACUGGGGUUUCGGUUCUACAAGAAUGCGUCAAGCCGAAGAUUUGUGUCAGAGAGGGAGGACAUCGUUCUCAUGAGAAUGACAUAUCUUCGUAAGAUACGUAAGUUUAGGCAGCAGGGGCGUCAUAUUGUAUAUCUAGAUGAGACUUGGUUGAACACUAAUCAUGUGGUAAAGGGUGACUGGCUGGAUGUUCCCAGCACGUCCAUGUCUGUCUUUGAGCCCCACUGUAAAGGUACCCAUCGGAAAGUCCCUUCUGGCAAGGGUACUAGAUUGAUAAUCCUAGAUGUUGGCUCCUCUCAACAAGGCCUAAUCCCCGGAUGUGGUCUUAUAUUUGAGUCGAAAACCAACAGCUCUGAUUAUCAUGACGAGAUGAAUAAGGAGCACUUUACAGAGUGGUUCAGAGAUACACUUCUCCCUAAACUGCCUCCUCGGUCUGUAAUCAUAAUGGACAAUGCUCCGUAUCACAGUCACUUAGAUCCUGACUCAAGGGUACCAAACACUAACAGCAACAAGUCAGAGAUCUCGGCAUGGCUGGAGAAGAGCAUUGUUCAGUAUGAUAAGAAAAUGAAAAAGGCCGAGCUGCUUGAUUUGGUGAAGCAACACAAACCUCUUCCUAGGUAUAUUAUAGACGAACUUGCAUCAGCUAAUGGCCAUGAGAUUUUACGAACACCUCCUUACCAUUGUGAGCUCAAUCCCAUCGAAAUGGUUUGGUCUUACUUAAAAGGCUAUGUAGCUAGACAUAAUUCUAGCUGCAAGAAAAAAGACAUUAUCAAGCUUUUUGAGGAGGCCAAGUCCCAUAUCGAUGCGGAGCGCUGGGCUAAAUUUGAGACUCAUGUGGAAAGGGAGUUUGAGGAAAAGCUCAGGAAACUUGAUGGCAUCAGAGACGAAGACGUCGAUCCAGUGGUGAUUGACAUGACGGACAAUGACAGCCAAGACAGUCAAAGGACAAUUCCUUACAUGUUUUCAGAGGGGGAGGAGGAGGGGAAUGACGUUGAAAAUGACAAUGACUUUGAGGACAGUGUCUCUGAUACCAUCAAUGAUGCUGAUGAGAUUUUGUGCAAUACCUGUGGUAGCACUGAACCACCCAUGCCUAUUCAAAAGGACAAGUAUAUAUCCUGGUUUCAGUGUGAUGCUUGUGAUCAGUGGGUACACAACAGGUGUUGCACAAAACCUGCUCUUGCGAAGAAUGUCUGUCUUCGGUGCUUCUCCAUUUUUAACCACCGGAACCUCAGUGAACCACUGAUUUCGCCACUUGAAGAGAUGGAACAGUGAUGUCUUUCUUUCAUGCCAGUAAAAUAGUAACAUGAACACUCCAUAAUUUUUACUUAUUAAAGAUAUUUUUAAAUGUAGAUUUAUCAAUAAAAUUGAGAAUGGAAAUGGGGAAUACUUAUAGCAAUGUAUAAAAUUGAUUGUUUUAUUCAAAGCAUGUUAAGAAAAAUGAUAAACAGAAAAACUCCUAUCUUUUCUAUAAAAAGUGAUUUCCUAUAUAUAAUACCUGUAACUUUUUAAAAACUUAAAAAAUGUCUUCCAUUAAAAUUAAAAAAUUAAAAACCUGAUGGCUAACUGGCUUAGUUGAUCUGUGAUUAGUAGUUGAGGGUGGGAAAAUAGAAUAUUUUUCAUUUGAAUUAUAAACCAAAAAAAUGUUCCUCCCUACACUAUGACACUUGCACAUUAAAACUUAUUUUACUGUCAAAAAGUUACUUCCAAUCAUUAACAUAAGCAAAGAUUAUCAAUUGUUUUUUUUAUAUUUUUUUUAAAGAAAGUGUAGGUACAUGUACAUGCAACUAUUUUACUGGCAGUUUCAGAACUGAUACAGCUUUAUACAUGGGAACUGUCUACAUUUCUUUACAGCUCAGGAGGACUUUCUUAACAUACCUUUGUUUAAUCUUCGGUUACUGAUUCUUUGAUAACAGUUUCUGGACAGUUAGUUGAGUGAUUGCUAUUAACCCAUCCUGUAUACAUUAAAUCAACAUCUGUGAUAUAGUUUCAACAUCUGUGAUAUAGUUUCAACAUCUGUGAUAUACCCUACUUUCAACAUCUGUGAUAUACCGUAGUUUCAACAUCUGUGAUAUACUGGUUUCAACAUCUGUGAUAUAUAGUUCCAACAA